CCAUAAAACUGAUUGAGUGUUUAUAUAUAGACAAUACGUUGAAAUUUAGAUAUGUAACCUUAAAAAUUAAUUCCUCCUGAUAUUGCUAAUGACGUUUCAACGAACGACGAAUUAAUUUCCUAUCAAUCGAACGUUGUCGGGGCGACAGUAAUCGAAUAUGUUCAAUCAAAGCGGAGGGUUAAGAACGGGGACAACGUCGGCGUCUAAUCCGAUGCAAGAUUUUGAGGUUGUUUCACCUCCGGACGACUCUAUCUCCAGUCUCGCGUUCAGUCCAGCGUCCAUUUCUCAGAAUUUCCUCGUUGCUGGCUCGUGGGAUUGCAAUGUUCGUUGUUGGGAGGUUGAACAGUCUGGUAAAACCGUGCCCAAGUCCAUGCAGUCCAUGGCAGCUCCAGUUUUGGACGUUUGUUGGAUCGACGAUGGAACAAAAGUAUUCAUGGCAUCUUGCGACAAGACAGCGAAAUGUUGGGAUUUAGCCUCGAAUCAGAGUAUACAAGUCGCUGCGCACGAUGCACCUAUUAAAACUUGUCACUGGAUCAAAGCGAGCACGUAUUCGUGCCUUAUGACAGGCUCUUGGGAUAAAACGUUAAGAUUUUGGGAUUUGCGGAGUCCUAAAGCAGCGAUGACUCUGAAUUUAAUUGAAAGGUGUUAUUGCGCAGAUGUUGAUUAUCCAAUGGCAGUGGUAGGGACCGCAGGCAGAGGGCUGAUAGUUUAUCAAUUAGAAGGCAGCCCUAGAGAAUACAAAACUGUGGAAUUAAACUUGAAGUAUCAGUAUAGAUGUGUUGCAAUCUUCAGAGACAAGAAGAAAGUUCCUACUGGUUUUGCAAUUGGUAGUACGGAGGGUCGUGUGGCGAUACAUCAUUUAAAUUUGAGCACAAAAGAGAAUUUCACUUUUAAAUGUCACAGAGUAAAUGGAACGCCUAAUGGAUACCAAGAUAUUUAUGCGGUGAAUGAUAUUGCCUUUCAUCCAGUUCAUGGCACUGUUGCAACUGUUGGAAGCGACGGCACUUUCGGUUUCUGGGAUAAGGAUUCGCGAACGAAAUUAAAAUCGUCCGAUCCCAUGGAGCAACCUAUCACUCGAUGCUGCUUUAAUCACAAUGGACAAAUAUUUGCAUAUGCCGUAUCUUACGAUUGGUCAAAGGGACACGAGUAUUAUAAUCCAGCGAAGAAAAACUCCAUAUUUCUUAGACCGUGUUUCGAAGAACUAAAACCUAAGGCUACAUCAUAAAACCGACGAAGCGUUUCCUAAUCUACCGAAUAUGUUUUUUUUUUAAAUUCUCUAAUGCAUUUUUCAGAGAUACAGUUUUUUUAUAAUUACAAUUACAGGAUAAUAUGACGUUCACAUUAAUAAAUUAUAACUUUUCUAACGUUUAGUUAUAGAAGCAGCUUUCUCGACUCUACUUCAUCAUAAUAAAUUGUAAAUAGUUUUGAUAUAUAUAAUACAAUUGUAGUUUACAUUUUC